UUAAUUCAUUUCACAUUCAGUUGUCUAAGACAGCGUACCAAGCAGGCUACUUAAAACUGAACUAGAGAAUGUGAUAACAUCAAAUAUUCUAUCUGUUACUUGUGAAUCAGUCUUGGGGGUCUUUUAUACUCUAAAUCUGAUUUUAAAUUUUUGAACAACAAAAAGUGUUAUACCAUGGUUCGGUUGUUGUUUACAGUUUGUUUAGUUAGUUUAUCGAAAUCAAUUUCUGGAGUUCACAUAUUUGAAUUGGAUUAUAGAGUGACUCCAGAACCCACCCUUACAUCCCCUGACUACGACGGCUACGUGUUUAUCUACAGGUAUCCUCCUAACGAUUCUACUAUCCCUGCACCCAUCAGGGAAAAGUUAAUGCGUGAAGAAUACACGGGCGAUUGCUCCCUUGUGGAAGUAGAGUUGCCUGCCAAACGGUUGAUUUAUGCUCCGGUUAAAGAACUUUCCGAUUUCCAAAGCGUAAGAAAAUUUGGAGAAGCUGCUAAAAAAGCUAUGAAAAGCGCACGGGACCACGGGAUCAAAGCACCUCUGCUCGUGCUGCACCAGGAUCCGUGCCCGAAGCUUCCUCACGCCGAGCUUGUCACCUUACUUGGAGCUUUGGAUACUUUCUUCGUUAACCCUCGCGAUCGAGAGAAAAAUUCUCCAAGAGGAAAGUUCUUGGGAGUGUGGGGCCCCGAGUACUCGACACUCAUAGACAUUGUCAACAUAGCAGCGAACCUAGAGGAUGGAAGAGUAGUGGCACGUGACGUAGCCGAGGCAGUCUGCGAGAGCAUGUCGCCUCCAAACUUUGAAGGAUAUCUCCACGACGUGUUCCCGCCUGAGAGUGGAGUCAACAUCUCUGUCGUAACAGACCCUCAAACACUGCAAAAAGAUUUUCCAUUCUUCUCCAUGGGAACAAGCAAAGGGGAAGAUGCUCAUGCACGUCGUAUUGUGAUCCUGACGUACGACACUCCCGCUCCAGUGGUUGACACCGUGCUGCUGGUGGGUGAGGGCGCGACCUACAAUACUCCAGGAGCCAGUCUCUGUGCUAAGGCGGGGGCCGCUGCAAUAGCGGGCUUCAUGAAGGUUCUGUCGGAAACUGGGGUGAGAGGUCUGAAGGUGGUGGCAGCACUGGCUCUCAGCCGCAAUCCUGCUGGGGAGGUCCUGCAGGACGCUGUUGAGGCGAGAUCCAGUAGGAAAGUGCGAGUCCUCAAUAGCGAGGGGAAAGGCAAGAUGGUUUUGGCUGACAUGAUAUGUCACAUGAAGGAGCUCGUUGAGAAGAAAGAAGCUUCUGUAAAUCCUUACAUCAUCUCCAUCUCAUCUGGCUCAGAGCAUACAAUAGUAACAGACAAUGGACCAGCAGCAAAAGCUGAAGAAGGUCAAAUCGUAAAAGUCAACAGUGAGAAAAUUGGAGAGCCUCUUGAAGCUAGAGUUCUAAAGAAAGAUGAUUUUGGAAAUUUCAAAGAAGGCGAAGUUCUGGAACAGCCUAAAGUCCUGCAGGGAUCCGCGGCAGUGGCCUUCACGUUAACGGCCUCAGGCCUAGACAAGCACGGCCUAGACUCUCAGCUACCCGUCAAGUACUCCCAUCUCGAAGUUGCCGGUAGUGUUGCCGGCGCAGCCUCGGCUGUCCUCACUCUGGCCAACCGUUUCAUUCUGAGGCUCGAAGACCCCCUUGACACCGCCUGGCACUAACUUUUCGCUGAACUGUCAAAAUAUUAGAUGCUAAUAUUAAACUUUCCAUACUUUGAUCCGAAGUGAUGAAUUUAAUUCAAUUACAUGUGUACGGGUCUUAUUUUCUGUGUUAUAAAACCUCAAUUUCAAAGUCCAAUACUAUAUUCAAAGCCCUCGUGCUAUUCUACAGGUCACAAACAUGUUACCAAUUUAGAUGUUUAAUACUUACAAGUUGUAACUCGUAGGAUGGCAUGAUUCAUUAACUAAAUAUCUAUCUUAAAUUUAUAAAUAAUGUCCACGGUUUGUGUUUUUAUUUCGUCCACCUAUUUUUCGUGAAAAAUGGAACAACUUUGUCACCAUUAAGCAAAUACCAACUAUGGCCAGCUUCUUUAAUAUAUAAUCUCCUAUAUCGACAACGUUUUCAAGAGUAUAUGAGCAGUGCAUUACUCUUGUUGUCUAAUACUAUUUGUUAUGUGUUAGGGAAUCCAUAAAUAUGAUUAACGCCAUUAUAGAUUAAUUCAAGAGUAGCAAAAUGGAACCCGUCAGACCCUAUGUAUUCAUUCGUGACUUGUACAUCAAUUAAACAGAAAAUAGAAAAGA